AUUAGUUCCUGUGCUGGAUUGGGUGCUUUGUCUUUGGGUUUGUGGGCUCAUGCUUAUGUCUUGAAAAGGAGUGACAAGAACAUGAUUGGUGAUGUUUUGGUUAACACUAGCUUGUGUGAUUCCUUUAAGUAAACAAAUUACAUGACUCCUAAAUGAUUCUUAGGUUAACAUACUUGUGGAUGCUUCAGUAUGCCAGAUUUGUUACUAGGUCUAUGCAAUUCUCAAAACAUUUUUUUCUUAACCUUUUGGCCUGUUCUUGGUCUGAUUGAUGUCUUAAACUUCUAAUGACAUUGUUGCAGAAUGAUCCUAAAGUCCUUAAUGGAUUUUGUUUUAUUAACCAAGCUCUGAAUGCUAUCUAAAAUACACCAACCAAAAUAUCUAUAAAUUGUUUUAAAUUGAUAUAACUGAUGUGAGUAUGUGACGAAUAAGCAUUGCAAGUAAGACAAGUGCAACUAAUAUGUUCUAAAUUCAUGAAUUCUUGGCUUCACUUGGGCCAUUGUCAUAUUUAAUUGAACACAUAAAGCUUCUCUCUCUGGCUCUCUGAUUUUGUCUCUUCUGUUUCUGUGGCAGGAUAUUAUAUGACAAGCGAUAUAAUCUCUUCCAUUAUCCAGUCUCAGACAAAGAUGCUCUUAACUAUCACUCAAUUAUCCAGAACCCGAUGGACAUGGUAACCAUGUUACAGCGUGUUGAUAAUGGCUGGUAUAUUACACGUUCUGCAUUCCUCCAGGACAUCGAUCUUAUUGUUUCCAAUGCAAAGGUUUACAAUGGAGAGGAUUACAACGGUGCUUGGAUUGUGAGUAGAGCUUGUCAGCUCCGUGAUGUGGUGCAUGAGAUGAUCUCACAGAUGGAUCCAGCAUUAGUUGCAUACUGUGACAAGAUUGCUGCCCAAGGUGGCCCGGUUCAUUUGUCUAAUGAAUUAAGGGGGUCUACAUUCCCUGCUACUCCCGUUGUACAACUGGGAACUGCCACUAAAUUGAGUGCUCGACUUCGUAAUGUCGAACCAGAGGUUAGUGUGGAUCAGAGCUAUGAAGCAUUGAAGCACACUAAGAAGAGUUCUGAUGUUGCACGUGGAGCAAAAGAUAAGUCAGGACAAGAGCCUUUACCAUCCAAGAGUCAAACCCAAUCAACUUAUGGGAAUUUGCAUGGAACGGGUACAAAUGAAAGUGUUCAUGGUAGCAGUCUUGAAGACGCCACGAUAUCAGAUACUGAACUUUCAACAAGAUUGCAAUCUAUUAAGCAGCUUUUUGUUGAGCGCAGCGACGGUUACAGCAUUCCACAGCUCAAAAGGCUCUACUCACGAAUGAUGAAGAGGGUUUCCCAAACCAAACUUGAUUGUAAGACCUCAGCUUUGAGUUUUUUAUUAAACUUUGUUGAGGAUGAUCCAAAUUUUUAAAUUACUGUGAAGAAGGGAAAGGUUCUAAGUUGAAGGUCGUAAUACACAAAUCAAACUAAAUAAAUUUAUUUACAGGCAUUCUUUUCCUCAAAUCCAGAGUAGCAUAGCUAUAGGAAACCACAAGAUGUAGCUAUAGGAUGCUAGGAUUAAAUGUCUAUGGUAAUUACAUGCCAAACUCUGCUGGCAUGGAUAAAUUUUACAAGUUGGCAUUUUUUAAGAUAUCUUUGUUGUUUAGAUAUUGAAAUUGAUGUUUAGAUAAUUUUCUGUUCAACGGUUGAUAUGCUAACAAAAUGAAGCCUGUAAUCUAUCAUUCACUGUCUUACUUGUAUAUAUAAAGAAUCAAACUCAACACUGCUUCGAGGUACAUGCUCUUGAUAUACUUUGAAAUGUGCAUGUUGCACCACUCAA